CUGGCCCAUCCUCAUGAUGUUCGGCCCCCAGCUGGGCCGCGCAUCGUCAAGUUCGUGCGCGCCCUGUACCGGCUGCACCGCGAUUCCCGGGUCAACCUGCUGAUCAAGCUGCUGAUUCCGUUGGCGGUGAUCUACGCCAUUUUCCCUUUCGACUUGGUGCGGGACCGCAUCCCUUACGGUUUGGGCCGGUACGACGACAUCAUCAUCCUGGCUUUGGCCGUGUGGCUCUUCUGGAACCUGUGCCCCCGGGCGGUGGUUCGAGAGCACAUGGGCGAACCGCCGCCUCCGCGCCCGGAAGACGACGAUCCCGACAGUGUUGUUGACGGCCAGGCCCGCCCCGCCGACAACGCGGACGACCAGCGCAGCUGUUGA